AUGGAGCCUCGCGCCCGUGCUGGUAAGAAUGUGGGCAAGGAGACUUUCAAUGCGAAAGAGAUCCGUGCCCUCCUCUACGCCUUCGGCGACGUCCAGGACCCGUUGCCGGACACAGUACGCGUGCUAGACGAGAUCGUGACCGAGUUCCUAGAGGGCGUCUGCUUCGAGGCGAGUCGCCACGCGCAGGUAGCCGGGCGCCAGAAGCUCAAGUUCGACGACUUCGAGUUCGCCCUGCGCCGCAACCCGCAGUACCUCGGGCGCGUCAAGAGUAUGAUCGAGAAGCGUCAAAAGAUAAAAGAGAUGCGGCGUACUUUCGAUCAGGAGGACGACGCGCUUGCUAAGGAGCACGGUAAGGAGAGUGCUGCCGCUGCUGCUAAUGCUGCGGCUGGCGGGGAUGACGAUCUGCUUGGCCUGGACGACGAGGAUGAGGAUCUCGAGCUUAUGAAUAUCGCAACGGCGGCGUCGUCGGCGAAGGGCGCGGGGAGUAAGAAGAGGAAGAGAACGCCGAAAUAG